AAUUAGAGAGUUCGUGUUACACCCACCUCUUGAAUUUGUAACUGACUAUUCACCCUGAAAAUCUGAUUCUAGGAACUCAGCAUGUCCCGUCAGGAGCAGAAUAAUACCACAGAAACCAUGACCAGCCUGAGUCCUGAACGCUGGGAACUGUGAUUAACUCCUCAGGAAUCUGUGCGGAGCAAGUCGUAUUUUCUGGGCUUUUUCAGCCCAAGAGCAAGUGAAGACGUUCAGCUGGCACCUCUUUCAACCCUGCUGAGAUGGAGGUUGGGAAGCAGGAGCAGCGCAUGAGGAAGUUCAAGAACAAGGGCAAGGAUGCAGCUGCCCUGCGGAUGCAGAGGGUGGAGAUGAGCGUUAUGCUGAGGAAGGCCAAGAAGGAUGAGCAGAUCCUGAAGCGCAGAAAUGUGUCCCUUCCUGUGAAGGAUGAGAAUGUCCCUCCAGGACAAAACGGGACACAUGAGAUUAUUCAGCUGUCCUUGGAGGAGAUCGUGGAAGGCAUCAAUGGGAACAACCCCAAGCUGCAGCUGCUGGCCACACAGGCCACCAGGAAAAUGCUGUCAAGGCAGAAGGACCCCCCCAUCACUCAGAUCAUCCAGCUGGGGAUCAUCCCCAGGAUGGUGGAAUUCCUGGGCCGUGCUGGGAAUGCUGCCCUGCAGUUUGAGGCAGCCUGGGUACUGACUAACGUUGCCUCUGGCACCUCGGAGCACGCCAGGGCCGUGGUGGAUGGAGGUGCCAUCCCAGCCCUCAUCUCCCUCCUGUCCUCCCCACACAUGCACAUCAGUGAGCAGGCAGUGUGGGCUCUGGGCAACCUUGCAGGGGAUGGUCCUCUCUACAGAGAUGUUCUUAUCAAUCAUGAUGUGAUUCCUCCCUUGCUGGCUCUGGUGUCACCUGUAACUCCAGUUGGCUUCCUGAGGAACAUCACCUGGACACUGUCCAACCUCUGCAGGAACAAGAACCCCUACCCUCCCCUGGAUGCAGUGCACAAGAUACUGCCUGUCCUCAUCUGCCUCAUACAGCACGAGGACAAGGAAAUCAUCACUGACUGCUGCUGGGCUCUUUGCUACCUGACCGACAGCUCCAACGACCGCAUCCAAAUCGUGGUGGACAUGGGGGUUCUCCCCAGGCUGGUGGAACUCCUGGCCAGCAUGAAUGUGAUGGUUAUGACUCCAGCUCUGCGUGCCACUGGGAAUGUGGUCACAGGGACGGACCAGCAGACCCAGGCAGCCAUCGAUGCCGGUGUCCUGGCUGUCCUGCCCCGUCUCCUGCGGCACUCGAGGCCAGGGAUCCAGAAGGAAGCAGCGUGGAUGCUCAGUAACAUUGCAGCGGGGUCUUCCCAGCAGAUCCAACAGCUCAUCACCUGUGGGUUACUGCCGCCCUUGGUGGAGCUGCUCGACAAGGGUGACUUCAAGGCUCAGAAGGAGGGUGUGUGGGUAGUGGCCAACAUCACAACUGGAGGAACAGUGGAUCAGGUGGUGGAGCUCGUCCGUUCUGGGGUCCUCAAACCUCUGCUCAACCUGCUCUCAGCCAAGGACAGCAAAACUAUCCUGAUCAUCCUGGAUACUAUUUCAAAUCUCUUCCUGGCAGCUGAGAAGCUGGGACAGACAGAGAAGUUGUGUCUGCUGCUGGAGGAGCUCAAUGGUGUGGAGAAAAUUGAAGACUUGCAAAACCAUGAGAACAACAUAGUCUACAGAGCUGCCCUGAACAUCAUAGAGAAAUACUUCUCUGGUGAAGAAAACUCAGACCUGGAGCCUCAGACUGGCCAAGAUGGGCUGUAUGAUUUCUCAGUGGAGAAGCAAGACUUCAACUUCUGAAGAUGAAAGCAUGACACAGCUCUGAGCUGGUGGGUGAAGGUGCUUUGAAAGAGCUCAGACAUCCAGUUCAUGAGGAGCAGAGAUGCUGAGUCUUUUUACUUCUGAAACUUGUCAAUAAAUUGCACUUCUGGCUUUGUA